ACUGAGUUUAAGAAUCCGAUGAAAACCAAAUGGCAAGUAUUAAUUAUGAAUUUAAAAUAAUUAUUGUUGGUGAUGCUGGUGUAGGGAAAACGUGUUUGGUUGCUAGUUUUCUUGAUAAUCCCAUUCCAACCACCUAUGUUCAAACAGAAGAGAAAAGUGUUUAUACACAUUGGGUGAAACUGCAAAAUAAAUCUUUGUGCAUAAAGCUUUGGGAUUUCUCGGGUGGAGAUAACUUUAGAACAUUAACAGCAGCACAAUAUGAAGGAGCUCAUGGUGCGAUUAUAGCAUACAGUAUGACAGACACUGAGAGUUAUGUGCACAUGCAAUAUUGGCAACAGAAUAUUUUAACAUACAUACCAAAGGCAGAUGCAGAGAAUUUGAAGAUGUUAGUGGUCGGUUUGAAAAGCGACAGUAUCAGAGUUUGUAUAGACGAAGACAAAGCUAAAAACAAAGCAGAAGCAAUAGGUUGUAAACACUACACAGCAACGUAUAAAAACAAAGGCACAGUAAAAGAGGUUUUCAACGAGCUACUGGUACAAAUGAUUGACGAGGCAAAGAGAAAUGAAAAAGAAAAACACUUAAAAAACGCUUCUUCUCCGCUUCUUCAAAACAGCAACGCAAAAGAAUAUAACAGUAUAGCUUCAAAAGAAGAAACGCCACCCCCGCCAAGCAUCUGUAGUUGUCUCAUACUGUAGCAUAUUGGCCGUGUUCACAAUAUUUGGAAUAAUUUAAGAUAAUUAUAAUAUAUGCUUUUUACCUUAACGACAUAAGUUUGCGCUACACAAAAUUUGGGCGAUUAUGGUAUGAAAAUGGCUUUAAAUUUCAGGAUUCGCAGAGUUGAUUUUCAACGCGGGAAAAGGCAACGAUCGCAAACAUGUCAUUAGGUUGGUUAACUUCAACAGUCUACAGUGAAGGGAUUUGCCUGUAUUUCCAAUAGAUUCCUUUAUUUUUGUUUCGUGUUCUGUCAAAAGAACAACAUUGUAUUCACCUUUUUGAUUUGUUGGAUGAACCUGAUGGAAAUUACCUUUUGUUACCUUAACUUUUGUACGAAAAAAAUUAUUUUAUUUUAUAUACAAAUUUUAUCUCUAAUUCAUAGUUUAAAUGUAUAAUUUUUGCGCUAACUUUAUAUUUAUAUCACAUAUCAGUUU